CAGACUCACGAAUUGAUGGGACUGCCGCAAGACUACCGAUUGUCAGUCAUGGAAGACACCAGAGUCACUCUGCCCUUCCCGGCACCCACAAAGCAAGUCACCGGCAAAAUCAACGGCACCAAAACCGACGUGAUGUACAUGUCAUUCGCCGACAAGAUACUUAUCACCAUCACCCAGAACGGCAGACUAUCGCAAUGGGUCACCGUGCCGCUCCUCAGUGACAACCCGACCCAAACAGAUCCUUACUUCCAGACCACGCGGUCAGACGAGGACAGUCUAUUACCAUCAGCGCGCUUCACGCCACGAGUUCUACUCGGCGCUGGCGGUUCCGACCGUGAAACCAUGGGCCAGGUCUACGCUUCACAGAUUGCAAAUGCCAUUGUCACGAAGUCUCCCGAGGAAAGUCGGUCACUUAUGCUGGGCCUUGGUCUGGCAAAGGUCGAACUCGACAGGGAUGUCUUCUUACAGAUCAUCGACCUUGUUCUGUCUGUUCUCUGAUCAUGUUACAUUGCGUACGAUACUACAGGAGCUACCUGUGGACGGCAUCGAUCAAACAUGGCGAUCUAGCAUGCCACAUCCGCCUCCCACUGCCCACUGAGGGAGGAUUUGUUCUUAACCCUUUGAUCUCUUCAAGGGAGGCAUUGAUUUCGUAAUCACCCUGUGCGAGCGCGAUUAUGCCAAGUUCAGCGACACACAGGCCUCCAGGUUCGAUUGCAGGAUGCAAGGCACGCUGAAGAACUCCAGUCCAAGCAAGGCGCCUCGAUAGGUCUAGAGCGAUAUUAUGAGGCUGGUUUCGAAGACUGGGCUGAAGUCGCAGGAGGAGUUUCAGCGUGUCUCGAGUGCGGUUGUGGAUCUUGAUAGAUAGGGUGGCGAACAACUCAGUCUUCAUCGUGAAGUGGUAUCGCCCUGUCUGCUGAAUAGCUUUAUCAUCACCAUCCGGUGAUUCGGGCUUUUCAGCUAGCACCAGGCCAUAUUCGAUCUCAACAUGAUCUGAUUUCAGGGCAUCUACCAUUCUUGGGCUCAACCUGAUGCCCUUCCUGAGGUCGAUAGUCCCCUUCCGCCCGUAUGGUUCCUCUUUCCAUGUGCCCCGCAAGCACUUUAUAAGCUCUUCGCGGUACCAGAACGAUUCCCGACUGGCUGCUUCGGUUUCAGGGCUUAACUUGGAUUUUGAGACCACGAAUUGCUUCUGGGCGUCGAGGUUAGGUAUGGGCGCGGAUGGAUCUUGGAUGAAGAGACGCGGUAUCAGGAGAAUGACCCGGUUUAUGUGGCCUGGUUGCAGGAUUUCCUGGACGGAGAAAGCAUCAUCCCAGAGGUCCUUGGCCAAUGUACCAUCCAAGUCCGGUCUCUUUGCUUGGAUGUCGAUACUUAGAGGUUUUGGCCAUACAUUGCGAAGAUCCAGAGAUAGGAGGCAGUAAUCGUAUGCAUCCCGACGUGUCUUUAGCCAAUGAGACAAAUGGGGGAUAUUCCUGUUCCGAGUUUCAUCGACCUCAUUGCGGAUCUCAUGAUUGUUCUGUUGGAAUUCUUCGUUCCAAGCAAAGUCAUUAUGA